AUGUUUAUGCUAAUCGUUUGUGUGCUUAGUUUUUGGUUAGUAUUCGAUAGGUCCUAUAAGGUACUAUGGUUUAAGGUUCAACAGGUUUUCAAUGUUUUGCCUAAAUACACCGAUUCCACUAGCCAAUCGCUAACAUUUGGGUCUGCAUCGAUAUCUAGUGCUGAUUCAGGGUCGGAGGAUGGGUUUUUGUACAAAUUUUACUCCGAAUAUUCGAUAUCAUCUCGACGGAUUUACGAGAUUGUGCGGAUCAUUUUCUGUGUUACUUGUUCAUGUUAUGUUAUUGCUAUUGAGAUUGUGCUUUGGCAAAUUAAGGUAGCUGAUUCUGGAGAGCAGACUAGUGUGUUGACAUCAGUUUUGUGGCCCGUGGUUUUGAGUCUGUUAUCUGUUUCCUUAAUCUUGGUUCAGCCAUUCCUCAUCUUGACAUUCCUUUUGAACAAGUUUUUUGGGGAUAAGAUGGGUGUUAAUAAGCUAGUUGCUACAUCAGUGUUUUCGACAAUAAUAUGGCUCGGUCUCUUGCAUUUCUUGGCCGUGGGUCCCUUUAACUACACUUCCAAUCUCUUGACAAAAUUGUCUGUUGUGGGGGUCACUGUGAUGGGCAUACUCUCCGGAUUAGCCUCGAUUUCAACACCUUAUUAUGUCGUCCAAUACUUGUUGAAUCGAAAUGAUAAAGAUUCUAGAUAUGCUGCGCAUAGUAAAGUUACCAAUCUACUGUACAAUGAGAAUGUCAUCAGAGACAAGAUACGGGAAUAUGAAACUUGCAUAAAUAAGGACAUAUCGGCAUUGAACGGCGCUGAUAUCUCGAAACAAGAACGUUUAAGAGAGGGAAUAGCAUGGUAUCAGUUGGAGCUGGUUAAGCUCAAUGGUAAGCUCCAUGAGUCUAGAGAAUUUAGAAUGUUGAAGCAAAUGUUCCAGUUGGUAUUUUUGGUCUACUGUGUGUAUAAGCUCACUAGCAUAUGGUUUGUUUCUGUUCCGAGACUUAUACUACACUUUAUUAACUAUCCAACUGACUAUAGUUAUGAGUACUUUGACAAUGAUAGUAAGAAAAAGGAUCCGUUGGCUAUCUCUCUUGCUAACAUGUUGGAUUUCUUCUUGUUCAGAUUUCAACAUCAGACAGACCUUGAUUCUUUAGUGAAACAGAUAUCUCUUUUGUUAUCCAUUUCAUUGUUCAUUUGUUCUUUGUCUACAGUUACCACUACUAUAUCGUAUCUUUUGACCUUAUUACCAGUGAAGUUGCAGAUUUUGGCACUCAGAACAAUGCAAAACUCGGAAGCGCCUUCAAGUUUACCAAAAACUACUAAAGACAUGUAUGAUAAGAAAAAGCCACCUUCAAUCAUUAAGAAUCUUGCCGUUUGUGAAUUGACCGGGAUUUAUAUUCUAGCAACCAUCUUAUUGAUUCGUUCCAACUUACCCUAUGAUGUCUCUAGCAAAGUCAACCAACUCCUUGGUGAAAGAUUUACCAUUCCGAAUGUCAUUAUUGAUGUAUGGUCUGAUAAAAUGUUUGCAUGGAGCUCUAUGCUUACUUUCAUCGGGAUAAUUGUUGCCGACCGGACACUAUACAAAUGA